CCCGCCCCUUUUUUUCUGUUCGGAGCGGAGGCGCUGCUCCAGCGGCACCGGCUGCGGGAUGGCUUCCAGCUUCAAGAAAUCUACAUUAGGGGCAGUAGCCCAGAGGAAGAAGACAGGUCCUAAACUUGAACUAACUGAAGACCAGAAGCAGGAGAUCCGAGAGGCUUUUGAUCUGUUUGAUACCGAUGGCACUGGGAACAUAGAUGUUAAGGAGCUAAAGGUGGCCAUGAGAGCACUAGGGUUUGAACCCAAAAAAGAAGAGAUCAAGAAAAUGAUAUCAGACAUUGAUAAGGAAGGAACAGGAAAGAUCAGCUUCAAUGACUUUCUGGUGGUGAUGACUCAGAAGAUGGCUGAAAAAGAUUCCAAAGAGGAGAUUCUAAAAGCCUUCAAACUGUUUGAUGAUGAUGAAACUGGCAAAAUCUCUUUCAAAAACCUUAAACGUGUGGCCAAGGAACUUGGGGAAAAUCUCACAGAUGAGGAGCUACAGGAAAUGAUUGAUGAAGCAGAUCGAGAUGGAGAUGGGGAAGUGAAUGAGCAGGAAUUCCUGAGGAUCAUGAAGAAGACCAGUCUUUACUGAUAUGUUUGUUGUGGAUUUUCUUUUUAUACAGUUGGAAAUAUAUUUGGUAGGUGCAUG